UUAGUGACUCCAAGUCAAUGCCUCUUAUUCCAGGAUAUCAAGCCUUGCAACUUGUUACCAAUGCAUGCCUGUUUGGAAGAGAUUUACAUGAAUUGUGCGUAAUUUUUCAGAGUGUGAUUCUCCCAGUUUACAAUGCUGAGAAGUGGUUGGAUCAGUGCCUGCAGUCGGUGUACGAGCAAACCUUUACUGGCCGUUUUGAGUUGUCUGUUUUUAACGAUGCCAGUCAGGAUUCAUCAAUGGAUAUUUUGGAGAACUGGAGGUUGAAACUUGAGAAGAGAGCUGUAGUUGUAACAAGAAGUGACAAUGAAAAUGGCAGUCCAAAGGGAGUGGGGUAUGCUAAAAACCAGGCAUUUAAACAGAGUUCAGGAAAGUAUCUGUGUUUUCUUGAUGCAGAUGAUGUUAUGCACCAGGAUAGAAUCUCUCAGCAACUGAGAACGACUCAGGUUGAUGCAAGAGCACUUGUGGGUUGUCAGUUUCAUCGGUUACCCGAGGGGUCAACUGUCAGGUAUACACACUGGGCUAACAAUCUCACACCUGAGCAGUUGUACACACAAGCUUACACCUCUCAUGGCCCCACGCUGAUUAUGCCCACCUGGUUUUGCUCAAGGGAGGCAUACCUGGCUGUUGGAGGAUUUGAUGAGAGGGGAAAGGGUACUCCCGAAGACCUGAUAUUUUUCUACAAACACCUGGAGUUAGGGGGAGAGUUAAGGCUGGUACAGCAGGACUUACUGAUGUACAGGUACCAUCCAGAGGCUACUACAUUCUCCGUGUUAGAGGAUACCAUAUGGGAACUACGAGUGAAAUUUUUGGAGAAGAUGGUAUUAUCCAAAUGGUCAACAUUUACAAUUUGGAAUGCUGGUAAACAAGGGAGAAAACUCUAUCGGUCUCUCUCGGAUUUAAACCGUAAGAAGGUUGUCAACUUCUGUGAUGUUGAUGAGAAGAAAAUCCAGAAACAGUUCUACACUUUUGAGGACUCUUCAGAACUGCCUAAACCCAAGGUGCCUAUUGUACACUUCACCCAGGCUCAGCCCCCUCUCAUCAUUUGUGUUAAGAUGGACCUAACAGGUGGUGGGUUUGAAGUGAAUCUGAGUUCUCUCCACCUGUGUGAGGGGAAAGAUUACAUACAUUUCAACUGACCCAAACUGGAUGCAUGUACAAGGAUAAUGCAAGAUGUAAGGACUACUGAGCUGGAUUUCGAUUGGCUGAAAGGUUAAGUAAACUGAAGAUGUAGUUGCAGGUGAAAAGAGGAGGGUGACAGUACUGCGUAAGGCUAGUUGUUCAGUGGUCUGCCACAUAUUGUUACUUGGGACAUUACAUGUACCAGUAACCUGUCCAAAAACUAAGCUAUGUACAGUUCACAUUCCUAGUGGGCAUGCUUGGGAGGCAACCAACAGAACAGGUUUAAUGUCACAAACUUGGACUGGUAAGCUGUAUAAGGUGGUGUGGCCUUCCCCACUUAUAGUACAUGUACCACAGAAUGUUAGGUCAUAAUGUUGGAAGGUGGAUUGAUGGCCUAAACACUAGUUCUGGCCCACCAUUUUGUCAAACAUUCCAUGACAGAUCUCAUGACAGAUCUGCAGAUUGAGGUGGGGAUUUAAUGAAGGGGAACAUUUCGAGUGUCAUUCUCGAAAUCCUGCUGGAGUGUGUGAAAAAGUGUAUAAUACACACAAUUGUCAGUACACUAAGAAUGGAGAAGAGCCAAAUCUGGUAUGAAUAAGAUGGCGAUACAAGCAGGAAACCAACUCGUGACCAUGAUCAGGUCAUAGCCAGCCUAGUGUCCAAGAAUAUGCCGAAUACUCAUUUACUGGCGUCCUAAAUAGGAAUCUGUCAACUGUGGGAAAGGACUUGUCAAGUGAUUAACUUGUCCACUUAACCUCUGUUUCAGACAUCUUUAAACUGGGAUAAAAUAUAUCUGCAUAGAUUUAUACUUCAGCACGAAAUAUUGUGAAUAUAUUUAUAUUGUUUCCACAGAUGAGCUUUACAUAGUUCUUGUAGCAACUCUGACAGAUCAGAGAGUGCAUUGUGAUUUAAUACUUUUUACUAUUUUCAAGAACGAUAAUGGUUUAAAAUAAAUCUAAUCUUUCAGAGUUAAGACUUGACCAAGUGCAUUCAGCAAAAAUUUUCUAAUGGGCAUCUUUAACAAAUUCUAGAUCUAGGGUACAAGCACUAAUAACCAGCGAACUCAAAAUCUUGGUGUUGACAGACAUGGUCACUGGGUUUUUGGUGACUGGUAGCCUCCGAUUGGGCACUGGUUUUCGUCCAUGCAGGCUUGUGACUACCGACUGCAGUUGGUUGAUGUUGAACCAGUUCUACGUUUAAUCUAGGUGUUCUAUUGCCCUGUCCAGCACAGUUUGCCCAGGAUUGGUCAUCAGAUUCACAUUCAAUGGGUCACAUGACAGUCCUGUGUCACAGGAGUAGU